AAUCGAAAAUGAGUCAGGAAACCAUGAGCAUGAGCAUGAGCCAAGAGGAGUCGUGGCAGAGUCAGCUGGUGAGUCCUGAGCAACGACUCUCCGCGCUCUUGAAGUCCAGUCGACUCGCUGACCUCACCAUUAACUUCCCUGGCCACGAGAGGUGUCUGCAGGCCCACCGCCUCGUGCUGGCCAUGACCUCCCCCGUCUUCGAGGCCAUGCUGUACGGGCCCCUGGCGGAGGGCGAGGAGCUCCACCUCCACGAAGACCCGCCCGAGGCCUUCGAGUGGCUGCUGGAGUACAUGUACCGAGGGCACAUCCAGAUGCCCGAGGUCCGUCUGGCGGUGCAGGUGUACCAGCUGGCGAGCAAGUACCAGGUGGAGGCCCUUAUGGUGCUGUGUUCGAAGCACCUUCAGGAGACCUUGAGGCCGGAGAACUUGGCAGAAAUGUACGAUACGGCGGUGUUGCUGGAGGACGAGCACCUCCUUCAACGCUGCUAUGAGGUAGUGGACCUGUACCCGACCGCCGUGCUCUCCUCCCCCAGCUUCGGUCUCCUGAGUCGAGGGGCGCUCCGGCACCUCCUUCAGCGCCCCCUUCAUAUCCCUACUGAGGUGAUCCUCCUAAAGGCUCUUCUGGCAUGGAAUCGAUGUGUUUACUUAAAUGUUUAUGUAGAUAUCAUGAAAGUUGUCAUUUACACAUUUUAUUUGAUUUUAGAUGUGCACUCGGCGGCAGAAAAGGUGCACCUUUCUCAGGAAACAAGCCGAGGCCUCUUCCGCAGGGGCCAGGCGCGGCGGUCGACGAAAAGCCUCCGGGACGAGAUCAGUGACUUCCUGCCGAUGGUGCGCUUCCUCUCCAUGACGACGGACGAGUUCGUGGAGCACGUGAUGCCCUCGGGCGUGCUCAGCCUCCAGGAAAUCAGCUCCAUCUUAAUGAACAUCAAGGAGCUGAUGGACGUGCCCCUGCCCACCAUCUGCUGCCCGACGAGGGACAAGCGCCUGUGCUACGUGGACAGCCUCCUGCGCCGCCUCACCCUCAGCACGACGCCCGCCCUCGCGCGCUCGCGCAAGAGCGCCCGCGGCAGCAUCUUCGUGCACAGCUCGCAGGAGCAGAUCCUCAUCAUGAACCUGCGCACCACCAACACGCUGCUCGUGAGCAAGCUGGAGUGCAAGGGCAUCCACCCCACCACGGGCGCGGCGGCCGUCGCCAUCAAGGACAGCAACGGCUGCGUGAUCGGGAGCGCCACCAGCGAGGGCCCGCUGGUGGAGUUCGAGGAGCACGUGUCGCUCCGGCCCGACGAGAGCCACUGCGUGACCGUGCGGCUGGAGGGCCACUGGCCGCGGGGCGAGAUGGGCGACUUCGUGGCCACCACGGAGGGCGUGGAAGUGGAGGGCAAGAUCGCCUUCACGGAGGGCAGGAUCGGGUCCGUCACGCUGCACUUCUGGUGUUUCAACUGAACUGCACUUUUGUACAAGAACUAGCAUAGGUUGUACAUUCUGUAUAUACAAACGCACAUGCCAUGUACUCCUCAGGACAUUGCCAAGUUUGAGAGAAUUCACAGUCAGCAUGUUGCCCUGCAUUGCAAGAUAUUUUUUUUAAGUUAUGUGUAAUGUUAAACCAUAGUCACCAUUAAUACCUGUAGCAACGAAUCAACAUUUACCACCUUAUAAAAAACAUUGGAACCAAAUCAAAAGGGAAUGUGAUCGAAUUACGAAAUAUACGCUUAAACAUAGCCGUCCAAACGCCAUUAUCCGCUUUGCUUCGCCGUGUCUCUCGGAUAUGUGCUCUUGAGUUGCAAGACGUAAGCAAACUCGUUUUAAUUAACAUUUAUCCAUUUUCUACAAUUUUUAAACGCAAGGCCUCUUCCGACAGUUGUGUGUGAUUUCCCUUCAUUGUUAUUGUGAUCCUCAUAUACAAUUAUAUGAAUAAUUUUUAUGUAUGUGUAUGUACGUAUAUGCCACA